UCCAGGAGGUCAGUUAUGGGUGUGAGAGGCUUACAGGGAUUUGUGAGAAGCAGCUGCCCACAUAUAUGUAUGGUAGUAAAUUUCAAAGAGCUGGCAGAGCACCACCAAAGCAGGCAUCCUGGAGGGACUCCUACCAUUGUGGUCGACGCCAUGUGUUGCCUCAGAUACUGGUACACGCCGGACUCUUGGAUCUGUGGUGGCCAGUGGCGGGAAUACUUUUCUUCUUUGCGAGAAUUUGUGAAAACUUUUACAGCUGUUGGCAUCAAGUUGGUAUUCUUCUUUGAUGGCAUGGUGGAGCAGUCCAAGAGAGACGAGUGGGUAAAACGAAGACUCAAGAACAACAGGGAGAUAGCCAAGAUCUUCCAUUAUAUCAAGUCCCACAGGGAGCAGCCUGGCAGAAACAUGUUCUUCAUCCCCUCAGGGCUGGCCAUAUUUACUCAGUUUGCUUUGAAGGCCCUGGGUCAGGAAACUCUGUGUUCGUUACAGGAGGCUGACUAUGAGGUGGCUUCCUAUGGCCUCCAGAACAACUGUCUUGGGAUUCUUGGAGAAGACACUGACUAUUUAAUUUAUGACACCUGCCCCUACUUUUCCAUCAGUGAGCUCUCCCUGGACAGUCUGGACACCAUCAUGCUGUGCCGAGAGAAGCUCUGUCAGAGCCUGGGUCUCAGCCUGUCUGACCUUCCUCUUCUGGCCUGCCUGCUUGGCAACGACAUCAUCCCAGAAGGCAUGUUCGAAAGCUUUCGUUACAAGUGCUUGUCUUCUUAUACCUCUGUGAAAGAGAACUUUGACAAAAAAGGUAACAUUAUCUUAGCUGUAGCAGACCACAUAUCUAAAGUUCUUCGGUUGCAUCAAGGUGAGAAGAAGCUGGAAGAGAUGUUACCUUUGGGGCCAAACAAAGCUCUUUUUUAUAAAGGAGUGGCAUCAUAUCUUUUGCCAGGACAGAAAUCUCCAUGGUUUUUCCAAAAACCUAAAGGUGUAGUAACUUUGGACAAGCAGGUACUAUCCAUGAGUUCAGAUCCUAAAUCCAAGCAAGAAGUUCCCGUGUGUACACACCCUGAAUCCAAGCAGGAAGUUCCCAUGUGUACAGACCCUGAAUCCAAGCAAGAAGUCCUUUUGUAUACACACCCUGAAUCCAAGGAGGUUCCCUUGUACGCAGACCCUGAAUCCAAACAAGAAGUUCCCAUGUGUACAGAUCCUGAACCCAAGCAAGAAGUUCCCUUAGGUACACACCCUGAAUCCAGGCAAGAAGUUCUCUUAUGCACACACCCUGAAUCCAAGCAGAAAUUACCUGUAGGUACGGACCCUGAAUUUAACCUAGAAGCACCCCUGUGUACAAACCCUGAAAUUAAACAAGAAGAUCUUGUAAAUAUGGGGCCUGAAGUCAAGCAACAAAUAACUGUGGUUUCGGAUCCUGAAAUCUUAAAGGUCGCCAGAGCACAUCACGUCCACGCAGAGAGCUACCUGGUAUACAAUGUCAUGAGCAGCGGGGAGGUCGAAUGCAGCAACAGCCUGGAGGAUGCGAUGGACCAAGCUCUGCCCAGCCAGGCCUUCGUCUACCGCCCAGUGCGGCAGCGGGUGUACUCCCUCUUGCUGGGGGAUGGCCAAGGUGGUGCCAGCACCUGCCCCACUGUCAAGGAGUGGUUUGUGUACUCUGGGAACCCACUGAGGCAGCCGGACCUCGUCAGGCCUCUGCAGAUGAGCAUUCCAGGGGGAACGCCUAGUUUGAAGCUACUGUGGCUGAGCCAAGAGGCAGGACUACAGGCCCAGCGCUUGGACACACUCCUGGCCUGUUUUGACCUUUCCUCCUCGCGAGAAGAACUGCAGGUGGUCGAGAGCCCCUUUCAAGCGUUGUGCUGCCUCCUGAUCUACCUCUUUGUGCAGGUGGACACCCUCUGUCUGGAGGAUCUGCAUGCCUUCAUUGCGCAGGCCCUGUGCCUCGAAGGAAAGACCACCAUGGAGCUUGCAGACUUGCAGCUCGACCACGUCGACCCCAGGGCCGUGCAGCUGGGUACCCUCCUGGUCCGCGGCCUCACCACCCUGGUGCUGGUCAACAGUGCCUGCGGCUUCCCCUGGAAGACGUCGGACUUCAUGCCCUGGAAUUUGUUCGACGGGAAACUGUUUCAUCAGAAGUACCUGCUGUCUGAGAAAGGGCACACGGCAGAGGCGCUUGUGGAACAACACAGGUCCUGGCUCACCAGAUUCCAUGCCCUGAAGUCAGUCGUGUGCAAGGCCUGCAUGAAGGAGAACAGACCCAUCGUCAGCAGGCGGCACUGGCGUUCACACCACUCAGGGCGGAGGGGCCGACAGGGAUCCAGCGCCCACAGGAUGAGCUCUGGGUACAGCCGGUCUGGCCAAGGACAGCACUGGAGGGACCAGGGGCCAGGAAGUAGACAGUAUGACCCUGAGCAAUGGAGAAGAUAUUAA